UUACUCGCUAAACUGAGCUAAACUGUACCAUUACCAUGAGUUGCUAUCGAGAACUUACAUUACGUUACUACAAUCGCUAGCGCCUAAACGCGGUUCGUGUAGAUUUCGAAACAACUGGUACCAUGAGUCAAUUACUCGUUUACUAUACUCGCUAACGUAAGCUCGAUUCAUCGUGUAGUUAACGUUACGAUAGCGAAUUACCUUGGAGUGACGUGCCUAACUUCACAGCAAAGAAAGCUAUCUCUUUUUGACUAUACUGAAACGACAGAGUAGGACGAUAUUGGGCAAAAAGCUAAGUAUCCAAGCAUUCGUUUAAAAAAUAUAAACAUAACCGUGCUAAUUUAAAGCGUCAUGGCACAGUAUUAUUAUGUAAAGUGUUAGUGGGGGUCUUGUAUUUGUGUUGGUUACUUUGUCAAUGUGACAGUUCUCUACUUAAGUUUGAGUCGACUGGCAUGACGUAAAUUGUGUUACUGUGUAUAAAAAAGUGACUAGCGCCGCUAAAGAAGUUUUCUCUUCAAAAUUAACUGAUUUGCAAGACCGAAGUGAUCCCAUAAGUGUUCCGUAAACAAAGUUUUGUACGGAACACUAAAAAAUGCGUACUAGUACGUCGCAAUUUCAACUUCUAGUUGACUACAUGCAAAAGCAUGGUGACCUUAGCAAACCCAGCGAUGGGUCACAUGGGAAGGAGCUCAAUACCCGACGGUGGGCCGAGCUGACACAACUUUUGAACGCGGAUGCGACAGGCGUCACCAAAAAUACAGAUAAGUGGAGAAAGGAAGAAGUAACUGAACUGGCUGUACUACCGACACUUGAUAAUGAUGACAGCCCAUCUAUUUUUAUACUACAUGAUGAGUUUGCUCAACAAACUUGUUCCAAUGUUGAAGAUUGGAAUCGGCCAGGGACAUCGGCUCAACCCCCAGUUUUUCCACCCUUACCUGUGGACAGGAAUAACCAAGACUUGGCAGGCAGAGAGGAGCCUGAAAUAGUUAACAGCCCAGACAGGAGUGAGGCCGGCAUGACACAGACGCAGGAGCCUGCGGCUCGGGCCGCGCGGAUGCUAGACAGGAGUGAGGCCGGCAUGACACAGGCGCAGGAGUCUGCGACUCGGGCCGCGCGGAUGCUAGACAGGAGUGAGGCCGGCAUGACACAGGCGCAGGAGCCUGCGACUCGGGCCGCGCGGAUGGCUGCUGGAGUCGCGCAAACUCGUUCACCAAAACAAACGAGUGGCUUAUCAGAUAACCCGGAGGUUGUUGAAUGGACAUCGAUCACCAAAACACGCUGA